CACGCAUAGUCUAAUGUGUGUGUAUAAUAUAUUCAUAUAACAUAGAUGCUUGGCUUUUGGGGAAUAAUUAAAUAAUCUAACAUCACCAAUUCCAUACAUUAAAAACCUCCAAGCCUCCAUCUCCAGGGCAGAAACAAAACAUCAACACAGCUAAUUAAGAGAAGAACAUGGAGAAAGUGUGCUGCAUGUGCGGCGACGUCGGAUUUUCCGACAAACUAUUCCGCUGCGGGCACUGCCGCAACCGCUUUCAACACUCCUAUUGUAGUAAUUACUACAGUGAGUUUGCGGAGCCGACCGAGAUUUGCGACUGGUGCCAGAGCGACGACAAAAAGCUGAGCAGCGUUGCUAAACACGGCGGAUCUUCGUUUUCUUCUUCAAAGAAGAAGAAGGCUUCUUCCUCCGUAAAUUACGAGAGCGGGGUCACAAACCAAUCGGAGUAUCCUUCCGGUGGCGGGAUCAAGCAUGACAAUAACCAUCACGAUCAAGUGGCCAAGAGCGUUGUUGCCGGACCUGCAGGAGGCGGCGUGCCGUCGCCGAGGACGGCCACGCGAAGGAGACCGCCAGGAUUACAACUGAGAGGGAUUUUGUUCAGCUAGUGCUUUUCAUGCAUGGAUCCAAGCUCUGGUGAAUCUCGAAGUACCUUUGUGAAUGAGUUUGAGUUGGUAAGAUAAUUUAGCAAUUAUAAGCAGCAAUUAAGCUAAGUUUCCAACCGCAGAAUAACAAACACAUGGGAAGGGCCUUCGUGCUAGUAGCCCUAGUUUGGCAUGAAGAUCCUCACCCAACAUUUCUAACAAUGUGACACACAACAUUGCUGACAAUGUGACACAUCUUCUUUGGCGGAUUUGAUAGCUUAUAUGUUUUUACGGCCGCAAUUUCUUCUAACAUAAUUGUAUGUCAUCUACAUAUACUUAAUCUGUACAACAGAUAUAUAUAUAUAUAUAUAUAUAUACAUACUUUUUUGACCAGAAAUUGAUGGUGUUUACAUCUAAUUUAUUUUCCAUUAUGUUUCACCAAAUACUUACGGAAUGGCCAUUCCCGUGUUUCUAAAGGCAGAGCUAUCUUUUAGUAUGGUAAUCAUUUUUUCGCAAAACCUUCAUUUAGUAACAAAAGAUAUAUAAUUUCAUCUACAAUAGUUUGUUUGCUUGAUAGCCAAGUAGUCUAUGAAGAUUAUGUUGCAUGUCCUCCUUGUUGUGGCCAUUCUUGAUGUCUAAUUGGACGGUUUACUAUUUGCACUUCAUGGAAUGUCAAGCAAUGUCCAACACUUUUUGGCUAAAGCCAAUAUCUUCUUAUAACGAAUCACCCAAAGACGUUAUCCUGUUUGAUUGUGAUGCAUCAUAUAACAUAUAGGUUUGUAAAAUAUAAAUUAUAAACCUCCAUAGUCAGUCUUCUUGAUUCAAACUUACAAUUGUUGAAGUUGCUUGGAUUUUUGUUGACAGUAAUGUAGAAUGAGCUUGCGCGGAUGCAGUUGCCGAACACCAUUAGAUGGUGAAGCCUAGAAGAUGCCAAUCCCCUGCCACAUUCUGCUCAGACGACCUCACUCACAUUUGUUCAACCCUCUGCGAUCUGCUCCUGGGCUCAAUCAAAUAAACUAUCCUAAGAAACAAAAACCGUAACAGCAGCAGCGUAAGGGAAGCUGAAGGAGACGAUGUUAUUACCGUGUCAAGAGCAAGAACCAGACAACACAGAUGAGAUUGACCCAUGGAUGCUUUUGGAAGAUGGGAGAAGCUCAAUUCUAUCAAGUAGCAAUGCUUCAAACAACAGCGAAAGGGGCAAUCUUCGAGCCAAAUGAGUCUACUGUUGCAUAGUUGUUUUUAUGAUCAUGAGAGAUCUCUGGAAAGUGAGAAUCAAAGGAGCAAAGAAGCUUGGAUCGUUGAUUCAUUCUUUUGGAUGAACCCUGGCUUAUGAAGAGCAAAAGAAACUGAAUACAUUUUCGAAGUUUGACAUUUAAAAAAAUCUGAUGAGAACAUAAGGAAAAGAAGAAACGUAGAAGUAUAGCCAAAAACCUAUAACUUAUUCAAUACCUCUCAUGGUUUUGUCUACACAGAGAA